GGAUCACUAAGUUCAAGGCCCUCUUGGAACCUAAGGAGCCCUGCCGAGGAACUGAAGACCUUCAGAGUCCUUGGGGUGAUUGACAAGGUUUUGCUUGUAAUGGAUACUAGAACACAGCAGACUUUUAUAUUGAAGGGUCUAAGGAAAAGUAGUGAGUACAGCAGGAGCAGAACGACCAUCAUCCCCCGCUGUGUGCCCAACAUGGUGUGUCUGCACAAGUACAUCAUCUCCGAGGAGUCUGUCUUUCUCGUGUUACAGCAUGCAGAAGGAGGAAAACUGUGGUCUUAUGUCAGUAAGUUCUUAAACAAAAGCCCUGAAGAGAGCUUUGAAAUUCCCGAACCUGGAACAUCCAGUUCAACAAAAAUUUACCUGGAGCAACCAACACCUAGUCCUAAAGGAACUGGUAGCAGCACCGAUUCCAGAGAAAGCUGUGGGGAAAGCAUGCUGAAGGUGGUCCCACUGAAGAGCAGCCUGACACCAAGCUCUCAGGAUGACAGCAGCAACCAGGAAGACGGCCAAGAGAGUUUGAAGUGGAUGGACUCAGGAUCCAGCUCAGAAGAAGAAUGCACUACUAGUUAUUUAACAUUAUGCAAUGAAUAUGGGCAAGAAAAAGUUGAUUCUGGCUCUCUAAAUGAGGAGCCAGUGGUUAAACUGGAGGGUGAAGGUCUGCAUACCAAAGAGAGAAGUUGCUUGCAGAAAUGCAGAGGUGUUGGCAGCGAUAACUUCACCGCUCAGGUUGCACCUCAGGAACAAAAGCUUUUUAUUGAUGACGCUGAGUCAGAAAUAGCUAGCUCUACUAGAAUAUUGGACUCAUUGACGAAGUCAAAGAACAGCCCCAUGGAACUCUUCAGGAUAGACAGCAAAGAUAGCACUAGUGAGCUCCUGGGGCUUGAUUUUGGAGAAAAGUUACAUAACCUGAAAUCAGAGCCUUUGAAGCCAUUGUUUUCUGUCCCAGAUCAUGACAGGAGCUUGGAUGCCCUAGAAAGCAAAAUGGGUGUGAGAGCUCAUGACACUGUAAGCAGGGGUUCCAAUGACUCUGUGCCAGUUAUCUCCUUUAAGGAUGCUGCUUUUGAUGAUGUAAAUAGCAUUGAUGAAGGGAGGCCUGAUCUCUUAAUAAACUUACCCGGUAUGUCUGAUGAAACAGAAGAGGUAGCAGUCUCAAGGCCAGCAAAGUUUACAAAAACUGAUGGGGACAUGUUGGAAGUAAAGUUAUUAGAAACACCUGAUGUCUUGCAAUUAAAUAAUUCUGUAGAGCCAUGCAAAUCAUUUGAUCAAAAGCCAAAUCAUGUGACACCAGAAGUGGGUGAUCCUUCCCACAGGGAAGCAAAUGGACAAAGUGGUGUCACUCAGGGAGCUCUUGGGACACUCUUUACAUCUGACCAGGAGGUAGGUGGUUCAGAAGAUGGAGCUCUGUUUCAAGGUCUUGGAGCCUGCUCCUUAAAUGUGACCAGCAAAGAAGAAAGUUCAUUUGUUUCCAACCCGCUCUCAGGUGCUCAAGAUGUUAGCUUGGACAGAGACACAUUAAGAAGUGAAGCAGUGUUGCUGUUUUCCAAUCAAACUGAAGACUUUGGGAAAGAGGAAACAGACUUGGCUUUGUCACCAGCAGCUGAAAGUAAAAAGACAGCACCAAAGAGGGAAGACAAAGUAGUAUCAGGGGAGAAGGAAAUACAUCAAAUUUUUCAGGACCUCGACAAAAGAUUAGCGAUAACCUCCAGGUUUUAUAUCCCCGAGGAUUGCAUUCAAAGAUGGGCGGCUGAAAUGGUUGUAGCCCUUGAUGCUUUACAUAGAGAAGGAAUUGUGUGCCGCGAUUUGAACCCAAACAACAUCUUAUUGAAUGAUAGAGGACACAUUCAGCUAACGUAUUUUAGCAGGUGGAGGGAGGUUGAAGACUCCUGUGACAACGAUGCCAUAGAGAGAAUGUACUGUGCCCCAGAGGUUGGCGCUAUCCUAGAAGAGACAGAAGCCUGUGACUGGUGGAGCCUGGGUGCCAUUCUUUUUGAACUCCUCACUGGGAAGUCUCUGGUUGAGUGCCAUCCAUCAGGUAUAAACACUCACACUUCUCUGAGUAUACCAGACCAUGUAUCAAAGGAGGCCAGAUCACUGAUUCAGCAGCUUUUGCAGUUUAAUCCCGCGGAGCGUCUUGGUGCUGGUGUUGCUGGUGUUGAAGACAUCAAAUCUCAUCCAUUUUUUGCCCUUAUAGAAUGGGCAGAUCUGCAGAGAUGAGAGGUGUGUGCCCUCUGAAGAAACUCAGGUCAGCUGGACAAGUUUCUCUGACACAGAAGCACCCUGACAUGCUUCCUUUGGAUGUCUUACACCAUUUGGACAUGAUGGCUAAAGGACACUGGAGCAACCGGGCCCAAAGUGAACACUUUUAACAGGAAUCACUGGUUGUACAGGGUGCUAGCUUACUUUUACAACAACUGAUUGCUACAUAUGUGUAAGUCCUCUCAUCAAAGGGAGUUUUGUAAGAUGACUCCUGGGCAGCAUGUUUAGCACUUCUAGCGUGUCGGCUGAGUAGAAAGAGGAAUGCACUCCUGGUGCUUUGUCUGAUGAUGGAAGUGUCUAUAAACUGUGCCAGUUGAAAGUAUUUUUUUAUAAUGUCAAUAGACCAUUUCCCUAUGCUAAGUGCAGCUCUUGGGGG